AUGCAUCUGAUGUACACUCUCGACGCUCAAGGCAACCGCCUUUACACCCUCAAGAAGGUUGCCAAUGGCCAGGUCACCAAGUCUGCUCACCCUGCGCGCUUCUCUCCCGAUGACAAGUGGUCGCGCCAGCGCGUUACUCUUAAGCGACGAUUUGAGCUUCUCUUGACUCAGCAGAAGGAGGAAUAA